CGGAGGACGCGUUUGGGCGGCUCGCCUACUUUCCGCCUACGGCGAUACUUUCGUAAAUUACUAAUAUUUUGGAACAUUAACGCUUUUGUGGCCAGUGCUGUGAAUUUAUACAGUGUAUGGAAUUAUGAAUGUAUGGGUGUAGUUUUAAGAUGUGAGGAAACCAGGAAACAUGAUAGUCAAUUUACUGUGCUUCAGAAUCGCAAGUGAAUGGCAGUAAAGCCAUUAUGCAUAUCUUAACGGUGACUUCACUUUUUGGCGUCUUUUGUUGUGGUGCCGUAACAGGAGGAAUGAGCGAUGACUACAUGAGCAGUGGGGAAGCACCAUAUAUCAUUGAGCAGCCUCUAGACGUCACUGUAGCAAGACACCAACCAGCCACUCUCAACUGCAGAGCUGGUGGCUCACCAUCUCCAACCAUACGAUGGUACAAGGGCGGUGUUCUUGUUGUAUCUGAUACUCAUAGAAGUCUCUUGCCUGCGGGAGGGUUGUUUUUCUUGAGAGCAACACAUGGUCGAGCACAUUCAGACGCUGGAGUGUAUUGGUGUGAAGCGACCAACCCGUAUGGAACGGCCAGGAGUCGUAACGCAACGUUACACGUAGCUGUGCUUCGAGAAGAUUUUCGUCUUGAGCCAGUGAAUACUCAAACGGCACAAGGUGAAACUGUAAUAUUAGAGUGUUCGCCGCCACGUGGUUCACCAGAACCAACUGUGUAUUGGAAGAAGAAUGGACAAAUACUGCACUUCGAUGGUGAUUCCAGAAUACAUUUGGUGGAUGGUGGAAGCCUUGUGAUUCAAGAUGCCAGACAAACUGAUGCUGGAAGAUAUCAAUGUAUUGCUAGAAAUGCAGCUGGUACAAGAGAAUCUGCUAUUGCUACCUUACGAAUUCACAUUAAGCCCUACCUUAUUGCGGGACCAGAAGACAUCAUUGCACAAACUAGUGGCAGCGUGACAUUUCAAUGUAGGGUUGGAGGUGACCCCUUACCCGAUGUUUUGUGGCGGAGGACCGCAGGCGGUGGAAAUAUGCCGCUGGGUCGUGUCAAACUCUUAGAUGACAGAAGCCUUAGGCUUGAUAACGUUAUUUUAGCUGAUGAAGGGGAAUAUACUUGUGAAGCAGAGAAUACUGUCGGUGCAGUUAGUGCUAGUGGUUAUUUAACUGUCUAUGAUCCUCCUUCAAUAACGUUGAAACCAACGUCGCAUAUUGUCGAAAGUGGUACAACCACCACAUUUACUUGUACCGCUAGUGGAAAACCAGAACCCACUUUAUUUUGGAGUUUAGAAGGAAAUAGAACAAUUAUAUUUCCAGGGACUGCUAAAUAUAAAUAUAUUGCAUCACCUGUUAUAGAUGGUGUAACAACAUUGACAAUCAAUGGAACAAAUAAAAAUGAUACUGGAAGUACAAUCGUUUGUUCAGCGGUCAACUUUGCUGGAAGUUCACUCAUAAGGGGAAAGCUAACAGUGACGUCAGACGAUGACCGACCACCUCCAAUAAUAACAAAUGGCCCCUCUAAUCAAACGUUACCUCUAAAAUCGAUGGCUGUUUUCCCCUGCUCGGCAAUGGGCACACCUGAACCGAUAAUUGCAUGGUAUUUUGAAGGGGAAGCAUUAAUACAAAAUCAUAGAAGAAAUAUUUCAAGUGAUGGUACAUUAAUUUUAAAGGAUCUGGAUAGAACUGAUAGUGGUACCUACACGUGUGUUGCUUCUUCACCUCAUGGAAAAUAUGUUUGGAGUGGAUUUUUAACAGUGGACAGUCCAACCAAUCCUAAUAUCCAUUUCUUUAGAGCUGCUGACGUAUCUGCAUUACCAGGACCACCAACGAAGCCAGUAAUAUAUAAUAUAACAGGCACUACUGUAACAAUAACAUGGAAUCAAAAUAAUAAAAUUGGUUCUUCGUCCAUACUCGGAUAUCAAGUUGAAGUUUUCUCAAGGGAAACUUUGUCUGGAAAUAAUACACCACGAAAUUCAAGAGGCUGGAUUAUUGCCGCUAAGAAAAUACAUCAAACACAUUAUAUUGUUCGAUCAUUAGUACCAGGCAUAACAUAUAUGUUUAUAGCUAGAGCAGAAAACUCCCAUGGCUUAUCAGGACCAAGUCCUAUCUCAGAAGCAGUGAUUGUUGGUGAAGAUUUAUCAAUUUGGGAUAACGGCCCUUAUUUGAAUAACACUGAGUAUAGAAAAAAUAUUAUGACUGAUAGCAUCGUAGAGCUUAUUGAAGCAACUCCUAUAGAUUCAAAUACAAUAAAAUUAAUGUGGGAGAUUCUAAAUUUUUUCUAUUUGGAAGGAUUAUUUAUAUACUACAGGCCAUUAGAUAAUAAUACGAAUGAAUAUAAAAUGAAAACAAUUUUACAUUCGAAUGAUGUGUCCGGGUAUGAAAUAACAUCAUUGAAUAAAUAUACCAAAUAUGAAUUUUUUCUUGUACCUUUUUACAAGAAAUUUGAAGGAAAACCUUCCAAUUCAAGAGUAGCUCAAACUCUAGAUGACGUUCCGGAUGGUCCACCAACAAAUAUAGAAAUGUUCAUUGUUAACGUAACAACUGUACACUUGAAAUGGCAGCCACCUGAUCAAAAUUUACAAAAUGGCGUCAUAACAGGAUACAAUGUUUUGGUGAAUUGGUUAGAUAUACCAGCCAAUAAAUCCAUGAUUGCUAUAAAUACUACAGUGCAUCAGGCGACGAGUCUUAUAAUGACCAAUUUAACUUCUGGCGUGAGCUAUUCAGUACAAAUUGCAGCUGAAACAAUUGUAGGCUUGGGGCCGUUCAGCCAGAAAGUAUAUUUAAAUAUUGAUACCAGAUCUAUAGGACUCGAUCCAUUAUUGAGAUAUCCAAAUAAUGGCGAAGUAUCGAUAGUUGCUGGAGAUUUUGUACUCGAAUCAUGGUUUUACUUUUUAAUUGGAGCAAUAGUACUCUUCAAAGUUAUAAUGAUUGCUGGCAUCCUUUAUAUUCGCAGGCACAAUAUAUUUUCAAAGAAAACUGCGCUUCCAAAUAUUUAUGAUUCAAAUGGGACGAGUCUAGUUACUCAAAUGAAUAUAAAAGCAGCAGUAUCUUUGUCUCAUCCAUUAAGUAGUUGUUACAAUAAAAAUACAGUUACGAAAACGGAAUCAUUAUUAUGGAUGGAAAAUCAACCUGGCUUAUGUAUGUCUAGUAACCAAUCAAGCCAGAGCAAGGAAAAGGCAAAUUCAGAAUACGAUAAAGUUGCACAACCACUCCCAGAAUAUGCAGAAGUUACAGCUUCUAGGGUUAAUGGAAAUGAAUGGAAUACGAGCAAAACAGCCACUUCUCCUGCAGCAUAUGCUUCAGUGACCUUAGUAACUAAUACAAGACAGUGUGUUAGUUCUCUGGGUUGGUUUCCAUCAAGCGGUAAAAAUGUUGAUAACUUUGAUACCCGUUUCGCUCCAGAUGAAGAACUGUACCCGGCUAGUAAUGGUGGAUAUUACAAUAGAAAUGUUUAUAGUGAAAAAUAUUUCCAAGGUCAUCCUAAUGUUUUGAAGUUUUAUGACCUGCCAUCGUUAGAUAAAUCUAAAAAAACACAGAUCAGGUACAAUCAAAAUAUUGAUGAUCGAAUUUGUGAUAAUAAUACUAAACCUGACGUAACACAGUCCUUGAUAGGCAGAACGUAUGGAGUGAGUUCAAGGAAAAAUUCUGAAACCGAGUCAACGUAUCGUGCAUUUGGGCAAGAUGAAUCAGAUGAUGAAAAUUAUGAUGAAGAUGGUGGUUAUGAUGAGUUCAAAGUAAUGCAACAAAACAAACAAAGGCCGAAACAUCAGUAUGAGAGACCUAAUUUUGAUAACGACGGUACACGCACAAUAUCGAGAUUUACAUCAUUUCGACAUUCGCAAAAUGUUAAAAGUAAUAUUACAGCAGCGAACACACAUUCCGCUUCGGCACCACAUUCUCGUGUCGACUCUGUCACUCGGUAGUAUCACGCCUUGCCGGUUUUCGGCGAUUUGUGCCAAACUGACGUAUAACCAAAGUGAUGACAGACAAUUUAUAGUAAGUGAACAUUACAAAGAAUCGCAGUUCUUCCUUCACGCUAUUACGAACUUCGUUUCCUACUAAUAAAAUUGAUUCCAAAAAGACUGUUUAGUGUUUGUUUGGCCUAAAUUUAAGGCACUAAUUUUAUAAUUUUUGUAACGAUAGUUAAAUCGAUUUUCUGAUAACUAAAAUUUUAAUGCAUCUUUCGCUAGUCUAUUGUUAUAAAAUAUAAGUGUGUAUAAUAUUGUAAAUAGUGUAAAUAUAAUGAGAAUAUUAAAUUAUAACAUGAAAAGUUCAAUGUAUUGACAUGGGGAUUGAUGAUGGUUAAUUGUCCGUCUGUAUAUCGAUAAAUGAAUUUGUAAUCAUUACCUAUAACAUAAGACUAAGUCUUUAUACCGAACAAAUAACGCUUGGCAAUAAUUUGACGAAUAUACUGACCUAUUAGUGUAAAUAGACUUCAUUAUGGUUUAAACAAUGCUUAAGUUAUUAUAGUAGCCUAAACUAGAAAGCAGGAAGUGUGAUUAGACUAAAAUAUAAUGUGAAAGUAGUUUCGAAUUGUAACGAGUGUUAUUAAACUGUUUUAGAAGUUGAAAACUAUGUCCUAAUGGUUUUAAGCACAAAUUGUUCUGCAUAUCUUGUGUAGUUACUUUAGCUAGCAUUACGAAAUUUAGUUAUAUUUAAUGUGCCAUAGAAUUCCUAAUUAUUACGAAACUAAAUUGGAGUUGUGAGAGAAAUUCAAAAUAUGCUUUUAUUUAAGAGAGGUCUAAGCUACGUAAGUUGAUGUGAUAUGGAUUAAAUUUAAUCACUUGUUAUACUGAUAAAUAGCACGAUUGUAAACUUGCAUAUCAUGUUUAUAGGUAUUAGAUGCAAAUAGUGAACUUUGUUAAAACUUGAGUACGUAACAUAAAUAAGAUGAUACAUUAUAUAGUUACUUCAUUAAAUGCUGUUUUAAAAUAACGAUACAGCAAGCGAAUUGAAAAAUAGCCCACGGUUGUUAACACGAUGACAUUGACAUUGGUUUAAAUGUAAACAAAAUAGUGAAGUACCUAUCGUUAAACAUACAAGUAAACAUCUACAAAUAUAAAUGCUAUAUACGUUAAAGAACAUGAAGCAACUGCGCUGUUCCAAAACUAAUAAACUAAAAUAUCUGAGCGACUGUAAAAUUUUAACUAAUUCUUUUGUACAUGAAUUUUCUCAAAUAAAAAGUGUGAAAAAGAAGAAUAUUUUAUUGAAAAUAAUUUGCACUACUUUAUUACUACUUUCGUAUACUGAAAACACGGACGAGUAAAAUAAGAAGGGCUCCGUGUCACCUUACAUAAGAGUGAGGCACCAAAACAAGCCGGUAAACGUGUGAAUAUAUAGCCCCACGCAUACACUUACACUGAUACAAGUCGAUCGGCCGCCAUUAUGAGAUUUGCCAUCGUCUGUGACAGAUCAGUCGCAAUAAAAUAUUUAAAAACGCCGUCGUGCGUUGUGAAUAAGUGUUAAAAAUAAUACUAUAAAAGUAUUUGUGGAUAUAUGAUUAUUUAAAGGAGAAAAAAUUGUGUAUCUGGUAUACCCCGUAACCGCACACACACUAGCAUAAAGGUGCUUCACUUGCUAAUAUCACGGCGUGGAGUCCUUCUUUUUUUACUAGUCCGUGACUGAAAAUAAGUGAAGUAGGUGUUUAUAUUGUAUCUUUUUGAAUAUCGACCUACACACAUUAAAAAAAAAUAUAUAACUUUGAAUUAAGUUAUGUUUUUGAUUAACUGGUAUUAAGAUUACAUUACAAUACCCACUUGUUUAUGUGGCCUAUAAUAUUGUAAUAAAUUCUGUGACAAAUAAAUAUUUAUAAAAUA